AUGACUUCCAUUUUUUCUGCACGAGGCGACAAUCCCAUCACCCGUUACGCUGCUGGAGCGGCGAUGGCGAGUAUUUCGGUGCUGGCCGCCGUGUAUAAUGAUCGCGCAGUAUUUGAUGAGCAUCGAAAAGACAUCAAGACGCAAGCGGGAUGGCCCUUGGUGGGCAGUUUGCCAUUGCUGAUCCAAUAUAAAGACGAAAUUCACGAUUUUCUUCUUGAAGGAUUUACACGUCUCGAUGAAUUGACACUAACCCUGUCUAUACUUGGUAUUCCGCGACAUAUUGCCACGCUCGAUCCUCGAAACGUUGAGCAUGUACUCAAAAGUAAUUACAUCAAGGGUCCCGAAUUCCAUGGAUCACUCAACGAUCUCUUUGGCAACGGUAUCUUUAAUGCCAACGGCGAAGACUGGAAAUACCAGCGCAAGACGGCGAGCCAUAUCUUUAACGUCAAGAAUUUCAGAGAUCAGUUUACGGAUGUGUUUGUCCAAGAAAUCGAGUUCAUGUCCAAGGAAAUCUGGGAUCCCGCCGCUGAAAAUAAUACCGUCGUAGACUUUCACGAUGUCAUGUUCAAGUUUACUCUGGAUUCCUUUAUUCUUCUCGGAUUUGGCGUGCAAUUGAAUGCGCUGGGGUCCAAGGACAAGGUACCAUUUGCGGCUGCGUUUGAUGAAGCACAGAAAAAUACUUUUCAGCGAUUUGUCAAUCCUAUUUGGCCAGUCACUGAACGAUUACUGAGUCUUGCGAUGCCAUGGAAGCCAAGCAUGAAGGAUCAUCUGCACGUAGUUGAUACAUUUGCACGCGAGGUCACGGAAAAACGACGUAUCCAGUUGGCCAACGGUGAAGAACACAAGGAUUUGCUGUCUCGGUUUAUGAAUGCUCGCAACGGACAAGGCGAACCAUUAAGCAAUGACGAAUUGCGUGAUAUUGUGCUUAAUUUUGUCAUUGCCGGAAGAGAUACCACGGCUCAAGCGCUUUCAUGGACAUUUUACAUGCUGCUAUGCCACCCACGCGUCGAAGCCAAAUUAGUGGAUGAAAUCAAUCAAUUCAUCGAUGACGACGUCACCCAUGAUUCCGCCACAUUGUAUGAAGUGAUCAAAAAUAUGAAAUAUGCUCAUGCCGUAUUCUACGAAGUGCUUCGAUUGUAUCCUUCGGUGCCUUUGAAUCAGAAAUAUGCAUUGAAAGAUGACAUCUGGCCCGAUGGUACUCACAUCCGUAAAGGGGACUACAUCUUGUGGUGUCCGUACGCCCAAGGCCGCUGUGAAAAAGUCUGGGGUCCAGACGCCAAGCAUUUCCGUCCUGAACGUUGGAUCAAUGCCGAAGGUGAUUUGCGACGCGAAACCCAAGGUCAAUGGCCCGCCUUUCACGCUGGCCCUCGAGUGUGUCUCGGCCAACAUUUGGCCACGCUUGAAGCCCUCGUCGCCAUUAUCUUUCUUCUCAAACGGUACAAGUUCUCGUUGCUUCCUGGUCAAGAUAUUACCUAUCAAGUUUCCUUGACCUUGCCCAUGAAAAACGGUCUCAUGGUGAGCGUUGAAAAACGCAACUAG